GUCAGUUUCUAAGAUUCGAUACAUAAAAAUAGUUCUUCUGAUUUUUAAAUGUGAAUUAAUAAAGCAAUUUAUAUUUAGGUAUUAAGAAUAUUUGUGAUAAAAUAAUUCAGAAUGGCUUACAGUUCUCAAACAUAUGGGUCCACAGAUCAACGGACAGAUGUACCUGAUGUAGGAUUUAGUCCUACUGAACUUUAUAGUCUCAGUGAAAAUAUUACAACUAAUAUAUAUACAAUUAAUACAAGUUGGAGAACACUUGAACGAGCAUAUAAAAAUGUUGGAACCAAUAAAGAUAAUCAGGGUCUAAGAGAUAAGGUGCAUGUCACACAAUUAAGCACAAAUCAAGUAGUAACACAAACAAGCAAAGAUAUUGCAAGACUGACAGUGUUAAUGAGGCGAGGUGAUAAACAACAGAAGUUGCAAAUUGAAAAACUCACUACUGAUUUCAAGGAUGCUUUGCAAAGAUAUUCAGAUAUGCAAAAGUCAAUUGUGGAAAAAAUGAAGAGGCAUAUUUUGCUUACAACUAGUAUAGAAAAUCCUAUGAAUUCAGAAGAAGAGGAACAACAACGUUUACUUCAAGCUCAGGAGGAUGAACACAGAGUGACACAAAGGAAUCUUGAAUUUCAACAAGGGUUACUGUUAGAAAGAGAAGAUAGAAUAAAACGGAUCGAAGGAGAUAUUUUGGAUGUGAACCAAAUAAUGCGUGAAUUGGCAGCAUUGGUAUAUCAGCAAGGAGAUACAAUCAAUACAAUAGAUAAUCAUAUAGAAAAUGUACAUGGAAAUGUUGAACUAGGAGCACAAGAGUUAAUCAAGGCAAGUAAUUACCAAAGUAAAUAUCGACGAAAAGUUUUUGUCCUAUUGUUACUCGCAAUCAUAGUCGUUAUUAUAUUAAUUAUUGUUCUAGUCACUAAAUUAAGUUAGCGCUCCUAAUUAUCUUAGAUACUGCGAGCGAAUAGAAAAGGUUGUCUCAAUCUAUUUUACUGAUUGUAGAAGUAAUAUUAUGGAAAAAUAUAAAUUGUCAGUUUAUGUAUUGGACAUGCAAUAUGGGGAGAGGAUAGACUUAUUUUAUAUUCAUUUGUAAAUUGAUUAAUUCAAAUGCAUUAUUUUUGUUUAUCUUUGAACUUGUAAACAUAGAUGGUAUUCAUUGCAUAUUUGUUUCUUAUUUUCAUUUUAAAUUUAAUAAUUUAAUUUAAUUCAAUUAAAAUUUAAUAAUUUAGAUUAAAAUUACAUGUACAAAAGUAUUAAAUAUCUGCAUUAUUCUU